AUGGAGCGCUCCAAACAAGAAUAUCGCGAGAGGAUCUUGGCCCAAAUCACCGAGGUCAUAUCCGAGGCUCUGCACGAACUGGAUUCCCACCGAGCAGUCCGCAUACUGGGCGAUACGCCCAACAGCAUCCUCGACGCCGAAGAUUACCUGGCGUCCAUCCACCCCUUCGUGUCCACGGUGCAGCAAUGCCUUCAACAAAACAAUGCCGACAACAAGUCCCGCUUCCUCGCCGCGAGUAUCUACCCCGGAAAACAUUCAUAUUUCAUCGUGGAUCUGAACAAUGCCAACUACAACUAUGAAACUGCCCAUGAAUGCAAAACGCCGAUUCCAGUCUACGUUCUUCGGCUCUCCAAAAGGGCGCCGACGAUCCGCAGGGCUCCAACCCUUGAUGUGCACCUUGCUGUUGUGCUCGCGAAAAUGCAUAAUUCGCAUGGUCGGGACCCUCUUCCGCUCUUUGAGGAUCAUAACGAUCCGAAUCUUGCAUUCAGCAACCCCCGCAGCCUGCGGAGAUAA